AUGCCUCGCCGUGAGGAGUCACCCGCGGAGUCCGAAAACGAGUUCGAUAUUACGGGCGCCCUCUUCGAACACGACAGCGACUCCGAUGAUGGCUCGAAACCCCCUCAGAAGAAGCAAAACCCCAACCAGAAACCCAUACCUCAAGAUCUGGACUUUUUAGGUGAAGAUGACGGUGAUGCGGCAUUCAUUGCCAAUCAGCAGGCUUCUGCCAACCGAAAGGCCUCCAACCUCAAGGGUCGCACAGUUAAGAAGGGUGGUGGUUUCCAGGCAAUGGGCCUCAGUGGUUUCCUGUUGAAGGCCAUCGCCCGCAAAGGAUUUUCUGUCCCGACGCCAAUUCAGCGAAAGACCAUUCCCGUUAUCAUGGAUGAUAAGGACGUGGUCGGUAUGGCUCGUACUGGUUCCGGAAAGACGGCUUCGUUCGUCAUUCCCAUGAUCGAGAAGCUGAAGAGCCACAGCACGGCGUUCGGUGCACGUGCUCUUAUCAUGUCCCCGUCCCGUGAAUUGGCCCUGCAGACCAUGAAGGUCGUCAAAGAGAUGGGUAAAGGAACAAACCUAACCUCAGUACUCAUCAUUGGUGGUGACAGCUUGGAGGAUCAAUUCGGAAUGAUGGCCAACAACCCCGAUAUCGUGAUCGCGACACCCGGUCGAUUCUUGCAUUUGAAGGUUGAGAUGGAAAUGGAUUUGUCUAGUAUCAAGUACGUCGUCUUUGACGAGGCUGACAGACUCUUCGAAAUGGGUUUCGCCGCCCAAUUGACCGAGAUUUUGCACGGUCUGCCGUCAACCCGCCAAACCCUCCUCUUCUCCGCUACAUUGCCCAAGUCCCUCGUGGAAUUCGCCCGUGCCGGUCUUCAAGAGCCGAGUCUGAUUCGUCUGGACACCGAGAACAAAGUUUCACCCGACCUACAAAACGCCUUCUUUGGAGUGAAGUCUUCGGACAAGGAAGGUGCCUUGCUACACAUUCUACACGAAAUCAUCAAAAUGCCUAUUGGUGAGACCGACAUUGGCAUGAGAAUUCGCCAGGAGGCGGAGAAUCCAUCAAAGAAGCGCAAGAGAUCCGAUAUCCGUCGCCCGAGCGGCUUCAAGGAGUCCCCUACGAAACAUUCUACCAUCGUGUUCGCUGCAACCAAACACCACGUCGACUACCUAUACGCCCUGCUUGUCGAGGCAGGAUUCGCCACCUCUUACGCCUAUGGUUCCCUGGAUCAGACUGCACGUAACCAGCACGUCCAAAAUUUCCGAUCUGGUAUCUCAAACAUUCUGGUUGUCACCGAUGUGGCCGCCCGUGGUAUUGAUAUUCCGGUCCUCGCCAACGUCAUCAAUUACGAUUUCCCCUCACAGCCUAAGAUCUUCAUUCAUCGUGUUGGUCGUACUGCACGAGCUGGUCAAAAGGGUUGGAGUUACAGUCUCGUCCGCGAUAAGGAUUGCCCUUAUCUUCUCGAUCUACAGCUGUUCUUGGGACGCAGACUGGUUAUCGGCCGCCAAUAUGGAACCGAGCUUAACUAUGCUGAAGAUGUUGUGGUUGGAACACUUCCCAGAGAACCUAUUUCCCGCUCUUGUGAGUGGGUGCAGAAGAUCCUCGAUGAUGACAUGGAUAUCUUUGGACAGAAGCAGGUGUCCCAGAAAGGAGAGAAGCUGUAUCUGCGCACCCGUAACUCGGCAUCUGCCGAGAGCGCCAAGCGGUCCAAGGAGGUUGUUGCUUCCGAGCACUGGUCCGAAAUCCACCCGAUCUUCAAUGACGCCGCUAGUGCCAUGGAAGUAGAGCGCGAAAACAUGCUUGCACGUAUUGGUGGUUAUCGGCCACAAGAAACCAUCUUCGAAGCAAACAACCGACGAGGCGGCAAGGUCGCCGACAACGAGGCCGUGGAUACGAUUCGACGACUUCGCACAGGUGUUGAGAACAGAAGGAAGCGGGCAGAUGCCAAGGCCGAAGCUGAGCUGGUUGCUCUUGGAAUGCCCACUGGUGAAGAUGGUCAACAGAAACCGGAUGACGAGGAUGUUCCCGACCAACCUGGUGACAACAUGUCGGAGGCAUCCGAUGAUGAGCUAGAAGUUACUUUCUCCGCCUACAACGCCAACAAGGGGAACAACGCAGAGAAGAAGGAGCCAGCUGCGGCGUUCCAGAACCCGGACUACUUUAUGGGCUAUAAACCCCAGCACAACGACAUGGCCGAAGACAAGGCUUACGGUGUGCACUCUGGUACGAACUCGAACUUUGCUUCCGACUCACGCAACGCGACCAUGGACCUGAACGGCGACGAGGGCAAGCGUGGCUUCGGCGAAGCGCGUUCCAUCAUGCGCUGGGACAAGCGUCAUAAGAAGUAUGUUGCACGUCAGAACGACGAGGACGGAUCCAAGGGUGACCGACUCGUCCGCGGUGAGAGUGGAGCCAAGAUCGCCGCCAGUUUCCGCAGCGGUCGCUUCCAGGCCUGGAAGAAGGGCAAGCGCGUUGAGCGCAUGCCCCGUGUUGGUGAGACCGAAACGCCUGCCAUGAACAACGUCAACUCGCGCAUGGCGACUGGACGAUUCCGUCACAACCAGGACCGCGCGCCCAAGCGUGCCGAUCCUCUGCGUGGCGACUACGACAAGAUGAAGAAGAAGAACGAUGCCGCGCGCGAGCGCCAGAACGACAAGAUGGGCGGUGCGGCCUACGGUGGCAAGAGCGAGCUGCGGUCCACCGAAGACAUUCGCAAGGCGCGGAAGCAGCAGCAGCAGCGUCGCGACAAGAACGCGCGGCCAUCGAAGAAGAGACGGUGA